AUGGAGGAACAGUAUGGGAUCACGGAUCUGACUCACUACAUGAACGGAAGGCCCAUCUUCACGGCCGUCCCACAGCCACCACCUCAGCCUCAGCCUCCUCAUGAUCUUCACUACGAUAUGGUGAUGUUGGGAGGUGGCGGUGGUGGUGCUGGUGGGAUGCUGUUUCGAUCUGAUUCCACCACUGGUACAGGCUCAACCACUGCUAGUCUUAGUGCCGGGGGUGGUUUAGAGAUGGAACUUGGUGGUGGUUUGGAGAUGGAAAUUGGCGGUGGUGGAUGUGGUGGUGGAAAUGGAAGGUGGCCGAGGCAAGAAACUCUAACACUUCUGGAGGUCAGAUCAAGGCUUGAUUCUAAGUUCAAAGAAGCUAAUCAGAAAGGCCCUUUGUGGGAUGAAGUUUCCAGGAUAAUGUCUGAGGAACAUGGGUAUCAAAGAAGUGGGAAGAAGUGCAGAGAGAAGUUUGAGAACUUGUACAAGUAUUACAAGAAGACUAAGGAAGGGAAAGCUGGAAGGCAAGAUGGGAAACAUUACAGGUUUUUUCGACAACUAGAAGCUCUCUAUGGAGAAACCAGCACUAGUAUUAAUCCAAAUCCUAACCCUAACCCAGCUUCAUUUCCAGAUCCUCAUAAUCUUAAUGUUGAAACUAGUCCUUUCCAAACUCAUCCACACCCAAAUAAUAGUAGUUAUCAAGAAGCCUUUCAUCAACCUCCCCCUUCCAGGCUGUGUGAUAGUCCUAGCCUCUCCAACAAUUCUUCUGCUUUCGAUACUUCUUCAUCGGGCUACAGCAAUCCCAAUGCACCCAUGCCUCCAUUCAUGGAUAACAGCGACUGUGCGGAUAGGACAAUUAACAAAAGAAGGCUUGGGAAACGGAGUUGGAAGACUAAGAUUAAGGAAUUUAUCGAUGCACAAAUGAGGAAGAUCAUGGAGAAACAAGAGGAGUGGAUGGAGAAGAUGAUGAAGUCUAUUGAGCAGAAGGAACAGGAGAGGGUUUUAAGAGAGGAACAAUGGAGGAAAGAAGAAGCUUCUAGGUUCGAGAAAGAGCACAAGUUUUGGGCUAAUGAACGAGCAUGGAUGGAGUCUCGAGAUUCUGCUUUGAUGGAGGCCUUGCACAAAAUAACUGGGAAGGAAUCAAACCAUAAAUCUUCUCCCGAUCAUCACAAUGAUCGCAACAAUGGGAAGAUUGACACUACUGUCAAUCUCACCGGUUGGGGCGAAAAUGAGAUUACACGACUAAUACAACUACGAACAAGCAUGGAAACACGGUUUGAGCAAGGUGGGUACAUGGAAGAGCUUCUCUGGGAGGAAAUUGCCUCGAAAAUGACUUGUUUGGGGUACAACAGGAACGGUAUAUCAUGCAAAACCAAGUGGGAUAGCAUAAAUGAGUUCCUAAUGAGAACCAAGAAGCGAAAAGAGAAUACAAGAAGCUCCAAUUCAUACACUCACCAUAACAACGAAUCUCUUUCUCAUAUCUUUCAUCAUCAGGUGGGAAGCUAUCGCCAAGCCGAUGAACGACUGAUGGCAUCAAAUGAUCAGCAGAAUGAUGCAGGUAGCUAUAGGUUUCUGAUGGGUGAUCCGGAGAAUAUGUGGGAUGGCUAUGGCGUUAAGCUCACCAAGGGUGAUGAUCAUUAGGUUAUGUUUCUUAAGGGUGUGGUAGAAUCUUAGAAGUUUGUUGGCCUUUUAGGAAUGAUGGUUGAUACUUGGACUGUUGGAAGUUGAUAUUUGACCACGUUUCUUAUGGAUAUGAGAUGUGUGAAUAAGGUGAAAUUUGACUUAAGUUUCUUGAUUAUGAUAAA